GUCAAGGGAAGUCAACCUUAGCCAAUGUAAUAGCAAAUGGAGAGAAAAACUUCGAAGAAGGAAGUAAAAUCGAAGAAUUUUUUAAAGAGAGCGGCGGUUUUCUUAGCCAAACUAGAAAAGUUCAAGCAAAAAUCGUUACUUUAAAGAUGGAUGUAGAUGGAGAGAAAAAGGAUAUAAAAUAUCAAAUCAUUGACACUGUGGGAAUUGAUGAUACAACAUUGAGCAAACGAAAAGUGCUAGUUGAAAUAGCUAAAGGAUGUAAAAAGGUCAAAAAAGGAAUAAAUCAAAUUUUAUUUGUAUGCGGAGAAAGAUUGACACCGCAAGAAAUUGAAGCUUAUAACAUAUUAAGAAGAAUUCUUUUUGACAAUAGGAUUGACAAAAACAUUACUAAAUAUACUACAAUUAUUCGAACGAAAUUCGAAAAUUUUGGUUCUAGAGAAGAAUGUGAAAAUGACAUCCAAGUAUUAGUUAAAGAGAAAAAUGAAACAAUUAAUGAAAUGAUCCAAUCAUGCAAUAAGAGAAUUAUUCACGUAAAUACUCCAUCAAUAAAUAUAAAAGGUGAAGGAGUCCAAAACCAAAUUAAUGUUAAUAAAGAAGCUCGUAAGAGAGCUAGAAAAAUAUUAAUAGAUCAUUUAGCGACUUGUAAGGAUAUUUAUAGGCCUAAGAGUUUGAAUGAGAUAGACCAAAGAAUUAAUGAUUCAUUAAUAGAAGAAAACGAAAGUUUGCAAAAACAACUGGAUGAAUUGCAAGAACGACUAAAUAAAUUAGAAAGAUCGACAUCGGAACAAUUCAAUGUUGAAGAGUUUCUUAAAGAUUAUGAGAGAAAAAGGGAAUGCA